AUGUCUACAUUUGGUCAAUAUUUCAAAGUUACUACCUACGGAGAGUCGCAUUGUCGCUCUGUAGGAUGUAUAGUCGACGGAGUUCCGCCAGGAAUGGAGCUCACAGAAGCAGACAUUCAACCCCAGAUGACUCGUCGUCGUCCAGGUCAAUCCGCCCUCACCACUCCCCGCGAUGAAAAAGAUAAAGUCGAGAUCCAAUCUGGCACAGAAUUCGGAAUCACCCUUGGCACACCUAUUGGAAUGAUUGUUCGUAAUCAAGAUCAACGACCACACGAUUAUGGAAACAAAACAAUGGACCUUUACCCUCGUCCUUCUCAUGCGGAUUGGACAUACCUCGAGAAGUACGGUGUAAAGGCUAGCAGUGGUGGUGGAAGAAGUAGCGCAAGAGAAACAAUUGGUAGAGUUGCAGCAAGUGCAAUUGCUGAAAAAUAUCUAAGACUCGCUCAUGGAAUUGAAAUUGUCGCAUUCGUUUCUUCCGUUGGCAGUACCCAUAUGUUCCCACCAACCGUCGAACACCCAAGUCCCUCCACAAACCCCGCCUUCCUCUCACUUAUACAAGACAUUACACGGGAACGCGUCGACGAAUUUGUUCCGGUCCGCUGCCCUGACGCUAAAGCAUCCGAGAAAAUGGCCGAAGUUAUCGCAGAAUAUAGAGAUAAGCAAGACAGCAUUGGAGGAACUGUUACUUGCGUAAUCCGUAAUGUUCCUUCUGGCCUUGGUGAACCUUGUUUCGAUAAAAUGGAAGCAAUGCUUGCUCAUGCUAUGCUAAGUAUUCCAGCCUCUAAAGGUUUCGAAAUCGGAUCCGGAUUUGGUGGCUGUGAAGUCCCAGGGUCUAAACACAAUGAUCCAUUUAUUCUUGCUACUGAAGUACCACCCCUCGAGACUGGGGCAUCAAAGAAUGGAAUCCCUCGUCCUAAGUUAACAACUAAGACAAACAAUUCUGCCGGUAUUCAAGGAGGUAUCACAAAUGGUGCACCCAUCUAUUUCCGUGUAGCUUUCAAACCGGCAGCCACCAUUGGUCAAGCCCAACAAACUGCCACUUAUGACGGUAGUGGUUCCGGUAUUCUCGAAGCCAAGGGUCGUCAUGAUCCAUGCGUUGUUCCUCGUGCAGUACCUAUUGUAGAGGCAAUGGCAGCUCUCACAGUCAUCGAUGCAUUAAUGGCACAACAAGCCCGUCAAACCUCAAGGAGUCUGUUACCACCUCUCAAAAAUAUUGUACCUGCAAAAUACACACUAGUAGGUGGUGAAGCUGCAAAGGAGAAGAUGGAAAUACAGGAUAAGGGAGUUGCAGGUGGUAUUGAUGGGGAGGUUUUGAACGGAUCAAAUUAA